AAAUUUUUAAAACAUCCCCCGCACUUCAUGUUUUUUUUUAUGAUGUUAUAAAAAAGGGAAGAGUUUCAAAAACUUAAAAUAAGGAUGGAUGAUAGAUUUAUAGCAACGGGGAUUCGGCAAAUCCGAAUAAAUACGGAUCAAAUAACGGGUCUAAAUAAACGUCAAAUCAUUACUCCCGCAACAGUAUAAGAAGAUAUAAAAAAGAGUUAUAAAAUCAGUUAGUAUAAUUAGUUAUGUAAAAAUGCUUUUAACAAUUUAUUUCAUGCUUUGUUUUUCUGUGUCUCAAACUGACGGCGGACUCAUGCUAUUUGCAAAAACUGAUGUAUUAUUCUACGAAGUUAUUAAUAAAACAAUGUUUUUUCCUGGUUCCAAAAACAUAAAGUUUACUGUUUCCAUAAAUGAAAUGGCAGACAUGCCUCAAUGGUUAAAAUUAGAACAGAAGGAGUCAACUUCAGAUGCCAUUCUUUAUGGGACUCCAUCAGAAUCUGGUUUAAUAACUCUUGAUGUUAUUGCAUGGAACAAAGAUACCUAUGAAACAAACAGAGAUGAGUGGAUACUUUCAAUUCAAAAAUCAGAUCUUAAUCUAACAUACCAAAUGGAAUUUAAAAUAAAGAAUAAAAAUUUGGAUGAAAUUUUUCCUUUAUGCAAUGUUUUUAUAAAGACUGUUCAAAGAUACUGGCUGAAUGCAAAAUUCAUCUCAUCGCUACAAAAACUUAGUGGUCACACUGUCCAUAAAACAGGUAUAAUUGUUGUUAUUAGGGGUAAUGCUGAUCCAACAAAUCAAUUCACUUUAAUAACAUCAAACUGUCAUUCUGUACCAAUAUAUUUGCAGCAAAUGUUUUAUAAUGAUGGUUUUCAAGUGGACUGGUGUGCUUUAAAAAUUAUUUCAUUAAAUGUAAAUUUACGCAAAAAAGUAAAUUAUUUAUUAGAAACCGUUAGUUUUUUUGAUGAUUCCGAAAAUGCUGUAUUAAAAAAAAACAUUUACAAUAACACACCAGCUAGUUUAUCAAUUGACUUAGUUUAUGUGGUUUUGCCAUUUCUAUUUGGCAUACUUUUAGCUGGUUUUUUAACUUUUGCAAUAUGCACCAAUAGUAAAUACAAAAUGUCUACUGAAACUUGGUUUGAGCACAAAGAUUUUCAAAAGCCAAAAUUUAAUAAUAUUGCCGAUAAAAAUAUUACUGGCUUUGUCUAUGGUGAACUUGAUGAAGAUAAUACAGAUUCACGCAGUAGUACACCAUUUCAGAUGAAUCAAUACAAUUCAUUACCCAAAUAUUCUCAUAUUAAAAUCAACGGAAACAUAAAUGAUUCUGUUUUAUAAAUUAAAAAAAUUUUUUUAAUUUUUU